AUGGUCAUCAAGAUAGAUGGAAAGAUAAAAGAAAAGAAAGAAGAAGUUUUAAAAGGUAUUGAAGCAGAAGAAAAAAUUUUAGAGUAUCUUAUUCAACAGAAUAGACCUUAUAAUGCUACUGAUUUAGCAGCUAAUUUAAGAGUGAUUAAAAAAGUAGAAGUCAUUAGAUGUUUAAAUCAUUUAUUCGAAAACCAAAAGGUUUUAAUGAAAUCAUUUGGUAAACAACAAAUUUAUUGUUGUUUACAAUCUAAAGAAAUCACUGAAUCACCUGAAGAAUUACAAAAGAUUCAAAUCGAAUUAACUAAAGGAAAAGAAGAAUUAAAAUCAUUAAAAGAUCAGAAUGGGUCAUUAGAAAUCCAAUUAAUCAAACUAAGAAACGAACCUACUUCAACCCAACUUUCAAUAGUCAAAGAAUCAUUAACUCAACAAGUAAAAGAACUUGAAGAAAAAAUUAUCAAUCUUAAAACUCAUUCAUCCACUUCAAAUCCAGAAACCGAAACUAAAUUACUUCAAGAACCAAAACCAAACCAAACCAUAAAUGAACUAAAUUCAAACCUAGAAAAAUAUAAAUCAUUAUACCAAGAACGUAAAAAAAUUGCUAAACAAGUGAUUAAAACUGUUACUGAAAAUAUUGAAGAUGAAGAGAUCAGAAACUCAUUUGAGAUUUCAAUCGGAAUCGAAUCAGAUGAACCUGAAUUAAUUAAACUCAUCGAAUUAAAUGGACUGGAAAACCACAAAGUUGAAAAACUUGGUUCUUCUGGUUCUAGAAAACGUAGUUUCAGUACUCAUUUACGAUAA